AUGUCGAAACUUAAAAGAGGAAUAACCAAAGAUUUUGAAAAGGAACUGGAAGAUCAAGCACUAGCGAAAGAAGAAUUGUUUUAAGUAUUACUGAUAUCACCAUAAUAACAAGCCCGUUGUCUAAAUCUAUCAAGAUUACCAAUAUUUAUCAGAAGAAUAAAUCGAUGUUAUUGCUAAAAUACUUCAAGUUAUUGAUUUUUUUAAAGAAAAUUGUCCUGACACACAAACAUUAAUGGAAUUUACUAAAUUAUGUUGCCAAAAUCUCAUUUAUGAAUUCAUCCACAAAGAUUCUCCUGUAUUUCAUAUUGGUAGAUUUUACCACCAUAUGUAGAUGAUGUUGGCGAUAAAUUUUAUAUAGUGUUGAGUGGUAGAGCAGGAAUCUAUAUUAGAAGAUAACCAGCAUCUAUUGAAGCUGAUGAAGCUGCUGCUUAACCAAGAAUUUUAUGAAUUGAUGAAAUUUUAUGGUUAAAUUAUUAAAAAAUAGGCUAAACCAUAGAAAGUUAUUGAUUCUGAAUUAAUUUUAUUUAGAUCAGGAAAUUUUGAAAAAUAUUUCACUAAUUAAGGAAUUUGUAAAUUUAUGUUAGUUGCUUAAAAAUAAUCUGGUACAAUCUUUGGAGAAAUGGCAUUAACUAAUGAUAAACCUAGAACUGCCAGUAUUUUAGGUUUAACUGAUCUCAAAUUAUUAUCAUUAUCAAAAGCUAAUUUUAAGGUAAUUCAAAGAUAUUAAUAUAGUAAGUCGGAGAAAAAGGAAUGAAAGCAUUGUAAUAAAAGAUAGACUAUUUUGUAAAAAUGUUUCCACAUAUGACGAAACAUAAAAUGUCUAAACUUAUUUUAUAUUUUACAUCUGCCAAAUUUCCAGCUAACUUUUUCAUUUGGAAAUAAGGAGAUGAAACAGAUGGAUUCUUAUUAUUAAAAGAUGGUGAAAUGUAACUAUUAUAAAAUGUUGAAUUUCCAAAACCACCAAGUCAGAAUAAUGUAGAUUUUACAUUAAUGUCUCUAUUUCAAAGUUCUAAAUAGGAAGUGAAAGAUAUUAAAGAAACUAUUAUAUUGGCUAAUCUAACAGGAGGAUGUUUUGUUGGUAACAGAGGUAGUUUAAAAAAAGGAAAAAAGAGACUACUCUGUUAAAACAUUAACCAUUUGUAAUUGUUAUUGUCUUUCUUUAGAAGUAAAAUAUUAUAUUAAUUAUUUUGAGAAUUAUCAUAUUGUGAGGAAAACAUUUCCUGAAUUCUUUUAAGCUCUAAAUUCUUUACAACAAAGAAAUAGCUAUCUUUUCAGAAAGAGAAUUGAAGAUAUUGUAAAGACAAAGAGUUGUAACUUUUAUCUUACAAAGAAGGAAGAAGCAUUAGCUGUUGAAAGAAGAUAUGCAAAUGAAUUUGGUAAAGAAGAAACUAAACCAUUCUUAUCAACUCCUAUCCUUCGUUCAACAUUUUAAUCAAAACUCUCAAAGUAAUAAAUGGUUGAAUAAAAUAAAUCAAUUAUUGAUUAACAUACUAAAUUGGAUGAAUAAUUUGGUGAAAAAUAAGAGGAAUUUAAUAUGUUAAAAUUGGCAGGAGAUAAUUUCUAAAAAUGUCUUAUAAUAAGAGUAGAAAAAUAAUUUGAAUAGUUUUAGCCAGCUAAACCAAAGUAUUAUAUUGUUAUAAGGUAGAUCCAAAACUCCCUAUUUUAGUAAAUCAAAUAUUACUGUUAAAGAUUUAUUAUAAUCAGUUCGCCGUAGAUAAAUCCCUUCAUUUGCUACAAAUAGAGAUUAAUUAUCUGCAAGGCAAUCUAAUGAAGAAGAUUCUUAAUAAUUACCCUAAAUAAAAGUGGCUAAAUAACAUAUCAGAGUUGUAAAUCCAAACAUUUCAUCAAAAGUAGAUAUUAUCAAAUCAAAUUAUUAAUCAUUUAUGAAAUCAAAAUCUAUGAGUUCUAGAUUAGAUAGAUUAUCAGAAAAUCAAAUGUAAGGAUUUAUGUUGACAGAUUCUAUAAAUACUUAUCAUCCAUUACAUAGUUUUUAAAAUAAAGAUGACUAAACAAAAAAUAAAAAAAGAGUUAAAACACAAUCUAAAGUUGAAUCUGAUUAUUAAAAAUCAAUAUUAUGA